CGAAUCCUCUUCGAAAAUGGUUCUCCACCAUCCAACUCUAGGACCCCUCAUCGGUCGUCACAUUCCAUCUACACAAACAACCCAAUACCGCAACCUCAAAUUCGCCACCAUCCCAUUCCGUUUCAGUGACCCCAUAUUGUUCUCUCCCCCGCUUCCACCCCCGACAGAGCCAUACGAUGCCACGAAUUUUGGACCUAGUUGUCCACAACAUCCUUCCUGCUUCAAGUAUGAUCUAAGCAUCGUAGGGAACUCCCCCGAGUUGGAAGAGGAGAGGGAGAGGAGGAUUAGUGAAGAGGGUGCUGGCGUGGAAGAUGAAUUGGAGUGUGCGAAUUUGAUUGUCGUUGUCCCUGAGGAGUUACAAAUAGAAAAAGAAGAAUUAUUUCCUGUCAUGGUAUGGUGUGUAAAGAAUAAUCUUCGAUGAAUGAGAGCUUAAGACUAAUGAGAUGUAGGGUUCAUGGGUAAUAUUUCACUCUUACCUUGAUAGAAUUGACUGAGCAGAAAGUUGACGAUAGACAGCGGUGGUUUCUCAGGCGGAAGCAAUUCUUGGCCACAAUACGGUAUGUUGAGUUGUGAGAGUCUCAGCAUGACUGGUAAUAAUGUUCAUCUAGAUAUUUCGAAAUUCGUGCAGACAUCUACUGAGAUCGGAAAACCUAUAAUCGGGGUCGCUUUGAAGUAAUACUCUCUAAUCCCAUUGGCUAUAUGAGCUCAUGUUUUUUUCAGUUAUCGACUUGGCCCUUUUGGAUUUCUCGCUUCCUCAGAGCUAGGAGUAAAAGGAAAUUAUGGGUUGAAAGAUCAAGCGUGUGCUUUUGAAUGGGUAUGUCUUUUACUUUACAGGAAACAUAUUGCACAAAACCCUCCGCCGGGCACUUUAGUAUAUAAACUGACGUUGGGACUUAGAUUAAAAACCAUAUCUCCGGAUUUGGUGGUGAUCCAAAUAUUGUUACUGCAUUUGGCGAAAGCGCAGGAUCAAGUAAAGAACCUUAUUGGCCUCCUCUCUUUCAAUUUUCUUCUCCAAUUCCUAAUCAUCUUUUUGUAAACAGUUAGUCUAACAACUCAUCUGCACACCCAACCCUCAACUCCUCUCUUCAAUCGUCUCGUUGCUCUAUCCGGGGAUCCAACCCUUCGCCGUCCAAAUACCCUUGCACAGCAAACAAAAUACGCCACUCAGAUAUUAACCAAGCACGAUAUCUCCACCACCAAUAACAUCAAUAUACUCCUCGAUAUACCAGCCCAAGAGCUGGUACUUAAACUGCCACCGUACGGUGCCUGGGCUCCUACUAUUGAUGGUUCCUACAUCAAGGAUGAAAUUACAGUUCAGAAGAUUGCCGAUAACAGUUCGAGGAUAGGAAAGCCUGAAUGGUGUGAAAGAGUACUCAUUGGAGAUGCCUUGGGUGAUGUAUUUACCCCUUUUUUCGCGCCCUUCAUUUCAUCUCAUACCUUCGUCUCAUGAUACUCUCCAGGCAACCGUUCUUCACGAUAGACUUCUCUAUCUUCCAUCCGAGAUACUGCUUUCUCGACUAUGGAAAUGCUUAGCUCGCACGUUUCCACCCGAUGAAACACCGAAUUGGACGGAACUAACGACCAGAAUUAUGAGAGCUUAUCAAUUGCCACUUGAUGAGAAAGAGGCGGCGGGAAAAAGCAGGAAAGAAGUAUAUGCUGGAAUGCUAGCUCUGGUUUCAGAUUUGAGAUUUCAUUGCCCUUCGGUUGCGAUGCAAAAGGGAUGGGGUGAGAGGGUUGAGAGAUAUGUUUGGGGAGUUGUGAGUCUACCAUUUUCUUUUCCUCUCUCUUUACGACUUUGAAAAUAAAAGAAGAGAACAUACUGACGGGAGAACAGACGAACCCGCAUCCAAACUCAUUGUUCACAGGCUACGCAAGUCACGAGCUGGAAGUCGCGUUUCUAUUCCAAAACUUCCCUUUCCCAUCUCCGUCCCCACCGUCUUCCCUCACAUCUUUACAAAUUGGCAAACAAUUCGCAGCGGCAUUCAUAAACUUCGCCUACGGCCAUAGCUCCAGCUCUAUCCCAGUCCAUUCUCCAAACUCUGCCUCCAAAUCUUCCCCGGUAUCCAGGAGGAUAGGAGCCGUGAAAGAACAUCUAGUGCCUCCCUCCCCAUCGAGGGCGACAGAGAAGCACGAUGAGGAAGAGAUUAUUUAUGCGUCGUCUGAGCAAGGCGUCACCAGGAUCUCUGCGAGAACAUUGGAUCAGGUUUGCAAUCACGGGAGAGAAGAUCUUUGGAGUAGAGUAUCGGAGGAGAAAUGGUACUUGUUGGGGGAUUUGAUGCAGAACUCCGCUUAUUAAGGGGAUCGAGGGUAGAGAAUCGUAUCGCGGCAGGAACUUUAGGAAUAGGAGCACUAGGAUCUAUUGUUAAAAUUUCAGACUGCGGAGUAAACU